AGAAAAGAUUACAAAGAAAGCAGAUGCAUCUGCUACCCCGCAUUGCCACUCUUUGUUUUGCUAAAAAACAUGGGUUCUUUUCAUUUUUUCCUUCUGCUCCUAACUUUCUUUUCUCUCUUUGUUCACACCUCUCCCUCCCCUAUCAUCCAAGCAGCUAUCGAUCAAGGUACCAAAGCCUACUAUAACUGCACAAGGAACAGCACUUUUGCUGCCUAUAGCUCUUACCGUUCUAACGUCAAAACACUUCUAGAUUUUCUCUCCUCCAAUAGCACCAACAAUGCCAGAUUCUACAACACUACAGUUUCUAGCAAAGACACUGUUUACGGUAGCUUCCUAUGUAGAAUAGACACCACUCCAAAACACUGCCAAGAAUGCGUGACACAAGCUGCCAAACUCAUAUCAUCGCUUUGCAAAAAUGCUACAGAGGCUAUAGUAUGGUACCAAGUAUGCUAUGUGCGCUACUCCGAUCGUCGUUUCUUCUCCACCGUGGAGGAGAGUCCUAAACUCUCCUUUAUGAAUGAUAAAGAUUAUGUGGGUAACGUUGGGCUCUUCAACAACAUUGUGUGGGAUAUGAUGAACGAUUUGAGAAGUGAAGCAGCAAGUGCUGCUAAUAAAUCGGCUGAUAAGUCUGUGAACAUCAUUGAUAAUGAAAAGGUAUAUGGCUACGCUUGGUGCCUCCCAUAUCUGUCCAAAGAGAACUGCAGCUGGUGUCUUAGCGAUGCCAUAGCAGAAAUUCCAACUGGUUGCUGCAGAGGAAAAUCUGGGGGAACAAUAAUAUAUCCCAGUUGUGGUGUUAGAUACGAAUCAUAUCAAUUCCAUAAGGCACAAAUCAGGGGUGGUUCGGUGACGCCGCCGCCACUUCCCAGUAGUCCUUCCCCUUUUGCUUCACCAGGGAAAAGAAAACAAAAGACACUAACAAUAAUUGUGAUUGUAGUUCCAAUUGUUGUUUCACUGGUGCUUCUAUCUUUGGGCUGCUGCUGCUUUUUACAUAGAAAAGCAACAAAGAAUCAACAUGAUAUUCUCAAAGAAAACUUUGGGAAUGACAGUACCACUCUGGAAACCUUGCGAUUUGAAUUAGCCAAAAUUGAAGCUGCUACAAACAGAUUUGCUAAAGAAAACAUGAUAGGCAAAGGCGGAUUUGGAGAGGUUUAUAGGGGUAUUCUUUUGGAUGGGCAAGAAAUAGCAGUGAAGAGGCUUACUGGAAGCUCCCGGCAAGGAGCAGUGGAGUUUAAAAACGAGGUUCAGGUUAUAGCAAAGCUUCAACACAGAAAUUUAGUAAGGUUACUAGGAUUUUGCUUAGAAGAUGAUGAAAAGAUACUUAUUUAUGAGUAUGUGCCAAACAAGAGCCUUGACUAUUUUUUAUUGGAUGCCAAGAAGAGAAGACUACUAUCUUGGUCUGAACGUCAAAAGAUCAUUAUAGGAAUUGCUCGAGGAAUUCUAUAUCUACAUGAGGAUUCUUGUCUCAAAAUAAUACAUCGUGAUUUAAAACCUAGUAAUGUUUUGCUAGACAGUAAUAUGAUUCCCAAAAUAUCAGAUUUUGGCAUGGCUAGAAUUGUUGCUGCAGAUCAAAUUGAAGAAAGUACGGGCAGAAUUGUAGGGACAUAUGGUUAUAUGUCCCCCGAGUAUGCAAUGCAUGGACAAUUUUCUGUGAAGUCCGAUGUGUUUAGUUUUGGAGUCAUGGUUCUAGAGAUUAUUAAUGGAAAGAGGAAAGGUUGUUCUUCUGAAUCAGAUGGUAUUGAUGACAUCCGGAGACAUGCUUGGACGAAAUGGACAGAGCAAACACCAUUGGAACUAUUGGAUCCUAACAUAGGAGGACCAUAUUCCCGAGAAGAAGUCAUCAAAUGCAUACACAUUGGUCUGUUAUGCGUUCAAGAAGAUCCAAAUGAUAGACCUACAAUGGCAACUGUUGUGUUUUACCUCAACAGCCCUUCAAUCAACUUGCCUCCCCCUCGUGAACCAGGAUAUUUUAAGCGCGAUAGAAUACAAGACAACAAGACGACCCACAAAGAAUUGGAUAAUAUCAGUGAUUCCAUCAACGGAAUUUCUUUAACUAAUUUCUUUCCUCGUUAAUACAUUGGUCACAAUCUUUGUUGUCUUAUCUAUUGUCUAUGGAAUAUAGAAUUUAACCAUAGACAUUAAAUUGUAACAUAUAUAUGCACAAGCACAUUUAAAUUAUACUGUAUCAAAUGACCAAUACAUUUACUAUAUAUAUAAAUAUUAAUAAUCUUAAUCA